AUGCUGAUGUUGAGGCGGAAGUUUAUAAGAAGGAAGGGGUUAAGGCUGGUGGUAGCAAGGGCCCUAAGAUCAAGACAGUUACCAGGAAAGAGUGCUGAAUCUUCAAAAGGCAAGGAGAUCAUGGAGCAUGAACCAGAAACAGAACGGUUCCCUGCUGACAAAAAGAGGAAGGGCACUCCCAUUAAUUUGUCUGAGAAGAGUUUGGCUGACAUUCUCAAAGUCCCCCACAAGGGACUGGAUGAGUACUCAAGGGAGAACUGGCCCACAGUUAAAGGCCUCACAGCAGAACAGAUCCAGAUUCACUGGUGGUGUUCUGAAAAUGAAAAGUCAGCAAAGGGUGAUGCUAUUGGUGAAGGGACCAGUACGGAAUCAGUUCAGGCUACUUAUGCCUUGGUGAAGCAGUUGAGUGACCAGAAUCAGAUGAUGCAGAAUAUGCUGAAUAGUGUCACUCAGCUUUGCACUGCUCUUCAGGAAUCCUACAAGAGAGUUGAGGUUCGCCUUGACAAGGCUGGUAUUCAGGGUAGAGAGGAUUCUGAGGAAAAGGAUGAGUCAUCCCAUGCUGCUGGUGAUGAAGAUGAUGAAGAGGAGGAGCAGAAGAGGAGGGAAGAGCAAGAAGAAGAGGAGGAGGAAGCACAUGAAGAAGAUGCUUCAGAGAACCUUGAGGAGGAAGAGGAUGAUGGGACUGAAAAUGACUCUGGAGCUGAUUUCUUACUAUCUUUUGCUGCUAACCCCUCUUUUCUUAAACUUUCUAUCUGCAUGAGAGAUAUUCCUGAUUCUUUGUCAACUUCAUUCCUCUUCUCAUAA